AUGGGAUGUCUGUUUUACAGAGUCACUGACUGCUGCUUAACCUUGAUGGGCGAAUCAGGGUCGCGCCGCUCCACGCUCGUCUCCAGGCUGCCCAUCUUCAGGCGGAGCGUGAGUAAGAGGCAGAACUCGUUGCCCUCCUCCCCGUCCUCAGGCGGCGUGGGCAAUGGCAUCCACACCUCGUCCCCCUCCAGCACCAACUCUAGCAACAGCAGCACGGGCAAGCGCCGCAGCCUGUUCCGCACGCCCUCCAUCCGCUUCGGCAGCAAGAGGAACAGCGAACCACCACGCAUCCAGACCCCUCCACUAGACCCAGCCCAGGACGCCAACGGCAGCCAGGCCAACCCUCAUCUGGGCUUCCACGAUGGCGCUGGGCCUCCACGGGCCAAGACGCGCCACUCCUUUGGUUUCGGGGGCCACCGGCAGAAGAAGAUCACCCGCUCGCAGACGGAGGACUUUGAGAAGGUGUCCUCCACGGCCAAUAGGAACCUGUUCAGCAACUGCAUCAGCUCAGGUACCAAUGAGGGAGAUGACUCUGGGUUUCUGGAUGACUACAGCAGCGGCAGCAAACGCUCGUCCAGGCAGAAGAAACAGCUGCUACCCAAGUCAUUCUCUGCACACCAUCGCUUCUCCAAGAACUCUGAGCAGUGCAAGCCCCCGGAGGUGAGCAUAGAGCCCCCGACGUCUGGGGGUACCCCGGGCUCGUGGCCAGGCGAGCUGCUGGGGGAGAGCUCCCUGCAGUCGCCCAUGCUGUCUGAGGACCGCACAACGGCGAUCACCCCCUCCGAGUUUAAUGUCCCCAUCACAGAGGACUCUGUGUCCGUGGUGGAUGCGCCUUCCGCCCCCAGCCCAGACGACCCGCAAGACAACAACUUCAGCCAUGUCGUCUCUACCUCCGAAGUGAUCUUCACGCCUGCCCAAGCUUCCACAGACAAGACCCUACUGCCAGACACCUGCACCACCAACACCACGGAGUGUGAGACUGCAAUUCCUGUCACGGGGCCAGCAACAGCUGCAACAACACCAAUGCCACCGCAACAACAACAAUCACAGGAAGAGAAGGAAGAGGGGGAAGAGGAGAAGGAAGAUGUGUUGGUGGUGGAGGAAGAGGUCAGACCAGAGCAGACAGAGACUAGUGAGAGCGAGGCAGGCCCAGUGCGUAGUAAAGGCUACCAUUCCAAUCCAGAGCAGUCUGAGACGAGGUCCAGGAACUCCGUACUCAUCCAGGAACCAGGGAAGGGAGCGUGCUGCGGUAGACAUGAACCCAGGUCAUGCCACCUGAGGAAACCCCACACAGGUAAGAACUAAAGACGUUUAUGUAUUCACACGUGCAGUACUGAUCUACCUCUAUGUGAUUGUCAUUGAUAAUACAGAGAGGAGGGGCAUGGCUCUAUGUAAAUCCCUGACCAAGUAUUUUUGGCCAAAGUGUUUGCCCACUAUUGCCUGAGUUUGUGUUUCGAUCACCAACAUUUUCUUUUCAAAGUGGUUGAACUUCACACUGAUUUCACAUGUAGAAGGUAGACCAAUAGACCUAGUCUGAAAUGAAUGCUAUGCUUUAUGUGGAUUAUGCAGAAAUCAGGAAGUACCAAAGUCAGAUCGACAUGACUGAUUGGGCAGCACUAUUUUAGUCCCAUGUACAGUGGGAACUAUUUCCUCAUAAAGGUAUUAACCUAUGGACAGCAGUUUCCUUAGACAAUGUAGGCUCUAGUCAUUGAGAUCACAACGUUGUAUCGGGCCCGUUAUGGUGUCUGUGAGCACACAGAAGUAGUUCAUUUUCUUCUUCUACUACUUCUAUGAGUUGGUAAACAAACUGAAAGGGUGCACGCUGCCACCUGGAGGGUGUUGUCUGAACAGGUAUAAAGCCAAGGUUGGCUAUCUACCGCCACCUGGAGGGUGUUGUCUGAACAGGCACAGUGUAGUCACAGUGAUGCUGAAACGUCGGGUGUUUUACCCAAUAAAUUACUGGGAGCUUACAUAAAGAGUGUGCGACUCUCUUUAUUUUUAAUGAACAGGUAUAAAGCCAAGGAAGGUUGGGGAUUUACUGCCACCUGCAGUUAUGGAAUGUUUUCUCACGAGUAUAAUUAGUUGGUUCAUCCCUGCUGAUGACUGUAAGUCGCUUUGGAUAAAAGCGUCUGCUAAAUGGCAUAAAAAAAAUAAAAUAAAAAAUAAAAAGACCUAUAUAGAAUCAUAUGUUCCUUCCUUAACAUACCGGGGGUCACGUUAAUGCAGAAUUCUGCGUUUUUCACGCAGAAUUUUUUUAUAAAAUAGAGAAAUAAAUAUUUUGCAGAUGUAAAAUGCUUCUUAUUGUAAUUUCUGCUCGGCUUCAGUCACAUUUCGCUCACAAUCAUUUAUGUAAAAGGACACAUUUUGUAUCGUCUUGAUAAAUCAGAUUCCUGCAUUCACGAACUGCAUUCGAUCAGCAGGCCGCGCUCUCCGGUGUAGUUUUUCUCUGGUAGCAAGUUAAAAUGCAAGAUUCACUUCAAGUAAAACAUUAGGAAAUGUAGCUGGCUACAUUCUUUCUAUGAUAAACAUGAGAAAUCUGAUGGCCAUGCAUAGUUUUUGCAAAAAGUAUCUUGCUUUUUCACUGUAAGCUAAUUUACUAAUGUGUGGCUACUAGACAAAUAGUUUUGCACUUCAGUUGUCAUCUGAUGAAAACGAAAGUAUUUUCUGCCUAAUGUUUUUUGUGUGAAGAAUAACUAUAUUUGCACGCCCUUGAUCGCUCUUGAAGCAAACAAACACUGUUUACUUUCAAUAUAAAACGCAGGUGAAAUGGUUUAAAACCCAGAUUUUUUGAUGGUCUGCGUUUUGAAAAUGUAGAUUUCUAAAAGCAAAUGCACUCCAGGAACAAACAGGGUUGAAGAGCACUGCUCUAGUCACUGCUGGGACAAUUCCUAGACUUUGGCUAUGUUUUUCUGAAACAGCCCGCUAGACUCCAGAGUUACCCUGACAAACUUGAACAGUGUCUGAAUAGUUUUCCUAAGACAACUGUGUGUUAACGGCGUAAGUUAACCUACUGGUUUUGGUCAGUGUUAGGCUAUCCAUAAUGAUAACACAUCACUUUUGUUGUUCAUUUUUUAUGUAAGCCUAUUUCUUGUCUGUCUGUUGCUUUAGUCUACUUUGCAAUGCUCCCUCUAAGCUGCAUGGGAACUGCCCCGCAGAAGAAAUAUCAGCCCGCGCAGAGGAGCACAAGAAUGAACUUCACUCAACUCUCUAGUUUUCCCUUUUAGUUAACACUAUCGACGUUUCCCUGUAGUGUGCGAAUUGUGAUCGAAUCAAUGCAACAUUAGCCACUUUCAAUGCAACAUACCGAAACAAAACGAACUAUGCAAGAGAUUUUCUUGUAGGCAGAGUUCAUUGGAGUAGGAUUCUAUUGCAUUGACAGGCAGGACUCAGGCCCUACUCUACACAGACCGGUGUGCCAUAACCAAUCAGAGCUGCAGUAUCCCAAUGUGCAAGUAGACCAUUGCCAUAUAUGGAUCUGUGCCACUCACUUUGAACUGGAGUGGUCGUGAGUAGAUGCGCUUGUUCUGAGAUCAAAGCAAGAGCUGCAUGUCGCCACGUGUGUACAUUGGUUCAUAUUCUUUGCUAGUAAGUGAGUUAUUAGCCCAGUUAUAGCUAAUUUCUAGUCAGCAAUGGGGGAGUGGUUGCUUCCUACAAGAGCACAAUACUUGUGCAUUUCUAGCCAUCUUUGAAAAGCAAGUCAGGUAAAGAGCUUUUUUCUGUCUUAAAGGGGCAGUGUUGUAUUUUGAGACAGGCUUGAAUAAGCUAAGUAGCCAAUAGACCCUUUCUGCGUUUGCAAACAUUGCCGUAUGAGGGCGUUGCGGUCAACUUCUUGGCAGAACACGGGGGAGUUCUUAUAGAACGGCAGCAAAAAAAGCCUCUAUUUACAUGUUGCUUAUGAGUGCAUUUCACACAACUUUUGGAUUAUAAUUGGAUUUUAAGGCUUGUAUGAAUGUCCUGCUUAAUAUGUGUGUCAUCAUCACAAAUCAAAUUAUACUUUUUUUUUUAAAACACUUCAACUUCAACCAGUAAAAUGGCUCUUUGGUUAGCUUUUGCUACAUGUAAAGUAGACACAGGGAGUCAGGAAGCAAGUGCAGUUAGUGAGUUUAAUGAGGAAGAACAUUGAAUGAUACAAAUCAAGAAAAGCGUCUAAACAUGGAAACAUAAACAAUAUUACCUGGUGGGUGAUAACAACAGAGUGCUAUAUAAAGGGGAAGUCAUCAGGGAGGUGAUGAAGUCCAGGUGUGCCUAAUGAGGCGCAAGUGUGCGUAAUGAAGAUUGCCAGGUGUAUGUAAGGAUGGGUUGCCAGGACCGGUGGUUAGUAGACCAGUGACGUCGAGCGCCGGAGAUGUGGAGCGGGAGUGGACGUGACACUACAGCCUAUGUCAACAACUGCUGCAUCCAAAAUAGUUAUUUUGCAAAGAUCACAACCAAAUAUAAUCUUAGUGACUGUUCAAGCAAGAGUCAAAACAUAAUUGUAAGCGUAUGAGAACCCAAAACAGUUAUUUUGUUUAGAUGUAAUAAAAACAUACAUUUAGGCUAUGUUGAAUUGGCGCAGAUGGCGAUGGCUUUCUUACUGCCGCCAAGAGUCGCGAGCAUCUGUGCGUGAUGUCAGUGUGUUGUGUACCGGAAAGGGGUCUAUAGGCAGAGGAUAGCAUAAUUUGUCUGAUUCUCUGUAAUAAUGAAAAGUUGUUUCUUGGAUCAAACAACACAACAUUUUCAGUCACCUCCUCAUUGUCUGAAAGACAAGCAGAUAAACCGGUUAAUGUCAAUCCCUACAUGUUUUAUUCAAAGGUCUCAUGGAAUGUAGGCCUACAUUGAACACCACACAUUGGCUGCUACUGUAGGCUGAAUGAUAUAACAGCUAUUUCCAUGUUAAAAUGUUAUGGGAUGCAUUUUCUCCAUUGUUUUUGAUGAUAGGCCACUCUGGUAGGCCUACACUAUGAUCAAAUAGCCACAGUAGGCUACUUGGCCACUGUUAAAACUGUAAGUUAAAGCGGGUACAGCCUCAGUGUUCACAGUAAACGCGCUCCAGAAGUUGCACAGAAUUUUCAAUAUUAAAAGUUGCGCUAAGCAGACCUGAAAUGUGCUCAGUGCCGAAAGAAUUAGAGGGAACAUUGCUACUUUGUAUUGCUGAUAACACGUAAGUAGUUAUACUUACACCUAAAUAAUGUGCUCAGUGAUAAUGUAGAUCUAACCCAAAUUCAGUCAAUUAGUAAAAGUAACCUUAUUUCAUCACUAUAUUGAAAAUAAAUGCCUUCACAUUCGUGUAAAGAUUACUUAAAAUCAUUUGGCUCCUUGAAAUCAGUGAAGCUGUUGUUUCAAAAUACUGGAUCGUUUCCAGGCUUGCGAUAGCCAAUCGAUUAUUUUCUUGUUUUUAAGUUUUUCCCCAACAUGUAGGCUAGUCCUGUGUUUUUUGUGUUUGUCUGUGUCUCAUAGGACAGUCUGUCUACUUGUUUUGCCUAGCUCCCUGUCUCCACGUCAGUCUUGUGCUCUGCCCUCCAGUGUCCAUGUGCAGCAGCAGCGCCAGCCCCUACCACGAAGUGAUGCGCAGGGAGCGCCGGCUCCGCUCCUCCUCGGAAGGGGCCGGGGUGCCGCGGGGGCUCCACCUCAACCUCAGAGAUCCCCACUGCGCCACCGAGGGUAACACCCUGCUCAGAAAGAGGAACAACUCAUCCUCCUCCAAGCUGGGCAGCCUGGUAGGUGUUUACGUCACUACAGUUAUAGUUCAGUACAGUAGGGUUACAAUUAGGGUUGCAAAACUACCGGUAAUUUACCAAAGUAAGCAGAAUCUUUCUAUGGCGAUCAAUGGUAACUUGGGUCAUUUAUACCUCAAUAACAUAAGAUCAUGUUUGACAGCUUUGACAUUAAUUUUUUAUUUUUUAAAGAAUCAUUUUAUUAGAUUAUUUGAUAUAUUUUACAUGUUAUGAGGCCACACAGGGGGCCAGAGAUAAUUAGACACCUGUGAUCAUCUGAAGUAACAAAAAAGCCAGCCUGGUAUGUGCUUCCACUACACUACAGUACAGUAGGGCUACAGGACAGUGGUUGGCGCUAGCAACGUCAGGGUCCUGGCUUCAAUUCCUGCUAGGGCUAGCCAAAUGAAAAUGUAUGCACUGAUGUAAGUCGCUCUGGAUAAUAGCAUAUAAAUAUACAGUACCAGUCAAAAGUUUGGACACACCUACUUAUUCAAGGGUUUUUCUUUAUUUUUACAAUUUUUUACAUUGUAGAAUAAUAGUGAAGACAUCAAAACUAUGAAAUAAGAGUGUGCAAAGCUGUCAUCAAAGCAAAGGGUGGCCACUUUGAAGAAUCUCAAAUGUAAAAUAUAUUUUGAUUUGUUUAACACUUUUUGGGUUACUACAUGAUUCCAUAUGUGUUAUUUCAUAGUUUUCUACAAUGUAGAAAAUAGUAAAAAUUAAGAAAACCCUUGAAUGAGUAGGUGUGUCCAAACUUUUGACUGGUACUGUAUAUACAUACGCAGUAUAUUACACUAUAUUACAGUACAUGAAAGGACAGCACAGCAGGGGAGCUUGGUAGGUGUUUACAGUACAGCAUACGACAGGACAGCAGGACAGGACAGCAGAACAGGACAGCAGGACAGGACAGCAGGACAGGACAGCAGGAUAGGACAGCAGGACAGGACAGUUGGACAGGACAGCAGGACAGGACAGCAGGACAGGACAGCAGGACAGGACAGUUGGACAGGACAGCAGGACAGGACAGCAGGAUAGGACAGCAGAACAGGACAGCAGGACAGCCUGACAGGACAGCAGGACAUCAAGAAAGGACAGCAGGACAGGACAGCAGGGGAGAUGGGCGCGGUGCUAGCGGCUACCCAUUGGUGUUGCAGACUAAAUAG